UUUUAUUUUAUUCUUUAUUUUUAUUUGAGCCUUUUUUCUUGAGAUAUACCAUCCAAUAGGCUAAGUCUUCAACGCCUAAUUCGUGCUAAAUUCUUUGUGAUUGUGUCACAUCGUCUGCUAAUUCAACCUUUCCUUCUGACUCCCGUUAAUUCUACAGGUUUCACAAAAGGAUUCCCACCUUUUUACACAUCAGCAAGCUGAAAAUUCGUACGUCUCCGAUAUUUGCCUCUCAAUUAAUUAUCUGUGCACUAAACCAAAGAAUAUAUGCUCCACCUACAUGGCUUCUAUUGAUGAACAUGAAGAUAUAGCGUAUGUGUCAACUUGUUAAUACUUAAUAGCAUAAAAUCAUCGUUAUCAAGCAAAUCAUCACAACCCCCCCUAUCCAAAUAAAAAUAUUCAAAAGGAACUUAUCUUUUCAUAUUUACUAUUCGUUUAUAUUCUCCUUUUUCUCUUCUGUGUCGCCUAUAUAAGAGUGAUAAGACGACCUAAGUUCAACAAGUCAGCCUUCGAGUAUUUCAAGCAAUAUCUCACCUUGAUCAAUAGCUUUAAGCAAUCAAAGUCCAAACCAUUUCCAAAUGGAUAGAGUGAAAGAUUUAGCGUCUAAGAAAGCAGCAGUGAUCUUUACCAAAAGCUCGUGUUGUAUGUGCCAUAGUAUCAAGGCAUUGUUCUAUGAGCUUGGUGCAAGUCCUGCCAUUCAUGAAGUUGACCAUGAUGCAGAUAUGGAGUGGGCCCUGCGACGGCUUGGUUGUAAUCCUGCUGUCCCAGCAGUGUUUGUAGGUGGUAAAUAUAUUGGCUCGGCCAAAGAUGUCAUUUCCCUCCAUGUUGAUGGGUCUCUGAAACAAAAGCUUAUUGAUGCCCGAGCUAUCUGGUUCUAGCAUGUAUUAACAUGUAUCUUUGAGUGCUUACUAAAGUCGUGUUAGGUUAAUGAAAAGUAAAAACUAAGUUUAAGA